AUGGUGGUUGGUGAUCUAUCGGUAUGCGGUGUAGUACGACCUGUUCUCUACGAUACCGGCGCUGACGUCUCCCUUAUCGCAGUUGGGACUCUACGAAAGAUCACUAGCAAACAGCUACGUUUUGGUGACCCAUCUACUCAAGGGCGGGUAAAUGUUGCUAAUGGCUCAAGCCUCUCUAUUCUAGGAAAGGUUGAGCUAGAGGUCGGCUAUGGGAAUACCUUUACAAAAGAUACCUUCCUACUCGCCUCUGAUGAGUUGAGUACUCCUGUUAUUAUUGGAUGCUCUACUAUGGCUAAGCUACGUACCACUAUAUCUAUAUCGCCUGAUGGUAUCAUUGUUCGAUUGGGAGAACGACCUACUCAAGUUUCUACAGUUGACGGUACUGAACCCCGUCUAUCACUGCGUGAUAUGGAUUGGUUACGUAAAGUUGCUGUUAUGCACAUCAGCCAUGUUGUCUCUCUAUCAUCUAUAUCGGUAUCUAGAGUCAAACCUUCCAUCUUUAUUAAGCCUAGUACUCUGGAGUUCUGCUACGACGGUAAAGAUGAUAACUAUGUUCUCUACGAUACCUUCAAUGAUGACGUUGAGAUCCAUCCCGAUCUUCCGUUAUCUAUUGGUUAUGGCUCUACUAUGUGUUUUGAUGCUAUCACUGACUCCUCUCUAGCCCCAGACCGCGAUCUACUUCCACCUUGGGAAGUUAUAUCUAGGGAAUGGAUCAGUGAUAAGAUUGCUCCACUAGGUCGUGUAUCUACUGAAGUACCAUGGCGAAGUCAAGACCGUCCUGGUUUCAACUUUCACUACGCGGCUAAACGUGGUCUAGCCUCUAUAGCUCGUCUAGAUUCUAAACAGCAAUCUAUGUUUGAGGAUGCCCUUUCACAACUUGUCGAUAGGGGUUUCUGUUCGAUUGUCUGUGAUCUACGGUCAACUGGUUUGAAGAAGCCAACUAGAGCUAUGUGUCAAGCAGCUUGGUCUACGUUGGUCAAGGGUACUGCCAAUGAGGGUUCUCCUGUUCCUCUGGCGGAACAUUACACUCCUUCACAUCUAGUGUAUCGCCAUCUACAUCCUACUACACCGU